AUGCCGGGUGAAAGUCAUGCAAAUAAUAGGCCUCGCACGAGCUCAUUUAUGGAGAAGAAAGACAGCGAGAAGCAGAUCUCAGUGGACCCAAUUUCUCUAGAAAUAGAACCAUCACUAAGUAGGCAGAUAACAAGCACGAAAGCUCAUGCGAUUAGCUACAGCCUCACCAACUCACCUCGAAUUGGCUCGAUUUUCAUCACAAAGCACAUGUCGAGAAGUAAAACUACUCAAAACCCUCAAUAUUUGGGUCGGCAACACUCGGUGGCUUUAACCAAUUUGGAGAGGCUACGAGAAACCCACAUGCGGAGGAGCAAGUCGUGCGGGGAAGGAAGGUCGUGCAGACCAUCUAUCGACCUUGAUCUCUGGUCCACCAACAAUCAACACCUGAUAACGGUCCACCAUCAAACUCGUGAGAAAGAAGAAAGUGACGAGGAAGAAGAAGAAGAAGAAACAGAGAAAGGUGGGGGAUCUGACAAGUUCGUUUGUGGGGCGUGCCUCCUCAUUCCAGGCUUCGGCAAGGGAAAGGCAGUUAGAGCAAAAAAGGAGGAUGUUACUGAGAGUGACAUUGUUUCCCAAAGAAUGUCCCUCGAGAAAUUUGAAUGCGGCUCUUGGAGAUCGUCGGCACUCAUAAACUAUGUAGAGGGCCAUGGAGAUGAUGAGCCCGCGUCAAAUCUCUUUUUCGACCUUCCCAUUGAGUUGAUACGAUGCAGCAAUGUCAAUGACACAGAGUCCCCAGUCACCACCGGCUUUGUGUUUGAUGAUAAGGAUCAUCAUCAUCAUCAUCAUCGUAAUCAUAAAGGGGUUCUCAAAAUUGGUAGAAAAAUCGACGAAUCACGUAAUUCCUCUCGUCGUCAUGUUCGUUUUUCUACCUCAUCUCCUACACCGUGUCCCGUUUCACCAACUUCUCCUAACCUCCGCAAAGCCAGAGAUGAGUUAAGUGCUUUCUUAGAAGCACAGAGCACAUGA